GCACCACCCUCUCUACAAAAUCCUCCUCCAUCGUGUAUGCUGGAGGAACUGAGAACAGACAGACAGAAGGUAAAGGAAAGGAAGAUACCAUGGCAGCGGCUUCAGAUCAGAAUGUGGAGUUUGUUCGAACAGGCUACGGCAAGAACACCGUGAAGGUGCUGGUCAUCAGGAGAGAGGGCAGCCACCACUACAUCAUCGAGCUGAAAGCUGAUGUGGAGCUCACACUCAAAUCACGCAAGGAUUAUAUAACUGGAGACAACUCAGACAUCAUCCCCACCGACACCAUCAAGAACACCGUCCAUGCCCUGGCCAAGAUCAAAGGGGUAAAGACCAUCGAGCAGUUUUCCUUGGAUAUCUGUCUUCAUUUCCUGACCUCUUUCAACCAUGUGCUGAGGGUCAAAGUUCACAUAGAGGAGGCUCCAUGGAGACGGUUGGAGAAGAAUGGGGUGGAGCAUGUUCAUGCAUUUAUCUACAGCCCAGAAGCUUGUCGCUUCUGUGAUGCUGAACAGAAUCUCAAUGGCAUCCCUGUGGUUCACAGUGGGGUAAAAAACAUGACGGUGCUAAAAACCACACAGUCUGGUUUUGAGGGCUUCCACCGAGACCGCUUCACCACUCUGCAAGAGGCCAAGGACAGGUGUUUCUGCACCUCUGUGUUCGCUAGGUGGCGAUAUAACAAGCCUCAGGAUAUCGACUAUGAUGCUGCAUGGAAGUGUGUGAAGGAAACAAUUAUUGAGAAGUUUGCCGGCCCGUACGAUCGUGGAGAGUUCUCACCCUCUGUGCAGAAGACCCUUUAUGAAACACAGGUUCUGGUGCUGGAUAGAGUUCCUGAGGUUGAUGAAAUAGAGAUGGUCAUGCCCAACCAGCAUUACAUCACCAUAGACAUGACAAAAAUGGGCCUCACCAACAAAGAUGAAGUUCUUCUUGCCUUGGAUAACCCUUCAGGCAACAUCACAGGCACAGUGCGCAGGAAACAGCGAGCCAAGCUGUGAAAGCACCACCACAUCCAGGAAAUGUUACUACUGUGAUCUACAGAUCAAGCUGAUUAAUACAAGAGUCAAUCUAAUAUCAUGUAAACCUGAAUGAAGUUCUGAGAACAUAAAUUACUUUUAAAUAUUUUUUUGUCAGAAAUACAACUACAUCUCAAGAUUUCCUAAAUAUGACAAGCUUUUGAUGUAAGUGAAUAAAAUGAAAGAAAUUCAUAAACUAA